CACUGGUGGGCAGCACUGGUGGGUGGGCACAGGUGGGUGGCACUGGUGGGCACAGGUGGGUGGCACUGCUGGGCACAGGUAGGUGGCACUUCUGGGCACAGGUGUGUGACACUGCAGAGUGGCACAGGUGGGUGCACUGCUGGGCACAGGUGGGUGCACUGCUGGGCACAGGUGGGUGAUCUGCUGGGCACAGGUGGGCGGAGCUAGUGGGCGCACUGCAGGGCACAGGUGGGCGGAACUUGCGGGUGGCACUGCUGGGCACCGAUCAUCAGGGCACUGAUCAUCAGUGCCCUGAUGAUCGCGUGUCAUUGGACACCGCUGAUCACGUGGUA